AUGUGUGGUUGGGAAUCCAAGGCAUUCAUGGCCCAGAAGGAAUCUGGACACAGAAAAUGGAACCUUCAUGGCAAUCAUGGGGGUUUAGAACAGUCUAUCAGGACCAUGCCUAGUACCCAGACCCAGGGUUUGAACCUUGAGAAUGAUCGGUCGUAUUUUGUGGUGUUUGAAGAUGGAUCGGUUAUGUGCAAUCCUGUCGAGCAUUUGAUAGACGAGCAUAAGUCGAGUAGAAGAUUGCCACCUUGGUCCUCGAAAUUUGGGUUGAUGUUGGAUCAUAUGUGGGCAGCGCACUCUACGAGCUAA